AUGGCUCGACAUAGAUCAGUCAAAUUUCAACAUCGUGGGAAUGGAAAUGGCAAUACCAGCGGGCACGAUCAGCGAAGACAAAGCGUAUCUACAGCUAGCGAGAGUGCCUCUGACCCUCCGAGUCCUUCGAGGGAUGGUGACAGCAGUCGAAAUGGUUCCAUAGUCAAAGGAGACACGCCUCCGGACGUGUCCGACUAUGAAAAGAAGAAGGCGACCUUUAUCACACGGACAAUCUGGACCUUUGCAAUGAUUAGUGGAUUCUUUGGUGCCAUGUUUGCUGGACAUGUCUAUGUACUUAUGAUCAUUACCGCCGUCCAGAUCAUUUCGUUCAAAGAGGUCAUCGCCAUCGCUCAGGUCCCCACGAGACAGAAGAAUCUCCCGCUUACCCGAUCUCUGAACUGGUACUUCCUUGCAAUAACAAUGUACUUCUUGUACGGUGAAAGCGUCAUCUACUAUUUCAAACAUAUCCUGCUGGUCGACAAGGUCCUGCUUCCUUUUGCAACCCACCAUCGCUUCAUCAGCUUCAUGAUGUACAUAUUCGGGUUCGUCUUUUUCGUCGGCUCGUUGAAGAAGGGCCACUAUAAAUUUCAGUUCACUCAGUUCGCGUGGACUCACAUGGCCCUCUACCUCAUCGUCGUCCAGGCACACUUUAUGAUGAACAACGUUUUCGAGGGCAUGAUUUGGUUUUUCCUUCCGGCCUCGUUGGUCAUCACCAACGACAUCACUGCCUACAUCUGCGGCAUCACAUUCGGUCGCACCCAGCUGAUCAAAAUAUCUCCCAAAAAGACGGUCGAGGGCUUUGUGGGCGCUUGGAUUUGCACCCUUUUUUUUGGAUUUGCCCUCACCAAUCUGUUGAUGCGGUACAAAUACUUCAUUUGCCCUGUCAAUGACCUGGGCGCAAAUAUCUUCACCGGGUUACAAUGUACGCCCAACCCGGUCUUUGUGCCCCAGCCUUAUCACAUUCCUGCAUGGACUGGAAGGGAGUACACGCUUUGGAUCGAACCCAUGCAGUUCCAUAUUCUCAUCUUUGCGACUUUUGCAUCGUUGAUCGCGCCCUUCGGAGGCUUCUUCGCUUCCGGGUUGAAAAGGACGUUCAAGAUCAAGGACUUUGGCGACAGCAUUCCCGGACACGGAGGCAUGACGGACCGGAUGGACUGUCAAUUCAUCAUGGGACUCUUCUCCUACAUGUACUACCAGAGCUUCAUUGCCAUCUACCGAACGAGCGUGGGGGCGGUCAUCGAGUCUGCAAUCAUUGGCUUGACUCCUGAAGAACAGGUGGAAGUGGUCAGAGGAUUGGGGAAAUACCUCUACAAUCAGGGGAUAGUUUCGGAGAAGGUACACAUCUAA